AUGAACUAUUCAAGAGAUCCUCCACCGCCGUAUGAAACUGCUUCUAAUAUUCAUUCAGCACCUUAUCCCAAUAUUGGAUUCGCAGUUGGACCAUACUCUGAACCUGGAGGCUACCAAGGUGAACCAUCAGAUCAAGAGUCAAAAAAUAAUCACAAUGGAAAUUUUACUAGUUUACAAUAUUCGGAAAAAUAUAUUCGACAUGCUUUCAUUCGAAAGGUCUACUUAAUUUUAUCAGCUCAGUUAUUAGUGACUUCAGCAUUUGUUUGCGUCUUUCUAUUUGCAUCACCGGUGAAAAGUUGGGUUGCAAAAAAUUCCUGGUUUUAUUAUUUAUCUUAUGCCACAUUCUUGUGCACCUACAUCGCAUUGGUUUGUUGUCCUAGUGUAAGGCGACGAUAUCCUGGGAAUAUUAUCGCUUUAUCUAUUUUUACAUUGGCAUUUUCUUAUAUGACUGGUACAAUUGCUUCAUUUUAUAAAACACAAUCUGUUCUAUUUGCUGUUAUUAUCACAGCUUGUCUAUGUAUAGCUAUAUCUGCAUUUGCUAUACAAACACGAAUUGAUAUUACUAAAUGUACUUCGCUGAUAUUUGUACUAACUAUUGUGGUCAUGUUAACUGGCAUUGCUUGUAUGAUUGUCUAUGCUGUAUCCAAACCAAAUUGGAUUUUACAAAUUGUUUAUGGUGGACUGGCAGCCUUAUUGUUUGGUGUGUACCUAGCCUUUGAUACACAACAUAUUAUGGGUGGACGAGAUUUGGAAUUGAGCCCAGAAGAAUAUAUAUUCGCUGCUUUACAAUUAUAUUUGGAUGUUGUCAAUUUAUUCUUAAUAAUUCUAUCAUUUUUCGGUCGUAAUAUUGAUUUACAAGAUGUUAUUCUACAUGUGACUUUAUUAAGUCACCUUGUCAAUUUACAGACAGUGAAUCAAGAUGUCUUAUCUAUCCUCGGUAUUCAAGCAAUUCUUCGAGAUAUUUCCAGAAUUCAUCCUAUCUUAAAAUUAUUCACCGAUUCUUCUUCUUGUUUAACACCGAAUUCAUUAUUAUUAUGCUCUAAUCUACAAGCACCAUUAAAUUCAAUCUCCAAUAAUCUCAUCAAAUUAUGUGAGACAUUAGCAAAAAAAUCACAAAAUAAACGUGAAAACAAAUUCGACUUGAAAUCGACCAACAGUCAACAUAUCAAGAAAACUAAACAAAAGAAUAGAAGCACCAUUAAUCGAUCAAAAGAACAAAACAACAUCUCUGAAAUAAUGGAUCAUGAAAAUUAUUCUCCUGAAUCGAUAUUACUAUCGAAUAUAUUAGCAAAACAACAAUCGGAUAAUGUUAGUUUAACAAAACAAACUCUCAUCAUCAAUGAAACCAAUAAUGAUUCGUCAACAUGUCAAGCAUUAUUGAAUAGUCAAUGUCAAGUAUUACAAUGUCAAAUUGAAUAUUUAACAGAGUAUUUAAGUGGAUUAUGAGGAAAAAAAAACACAGAAAUAUUUACUACCUAAACUUUCUAUUUUCCUAUUUGUAAAUUUGAUUCUGUUCC